UUGAGGAAGGAUCCACUGCUCUGCUGCUGCCGCUACUGCUGCUGCCGCCUCUGCUGCUCGUUGUGUAUAUGUAUAUGUGUGUGUCUGUGUGGGUGUGUGUGUGUGCGUGGAAGCCUGAUGAAAUGAAAUGCCAGGAUUGGGCUACCUCCAGGGAGAGCCUCUCCAUCCUAUAAUGUGAGCCAGCCAGCAGCACUGCGAGAUCAGGGAGAAGCUGCAUCCAUCAAGCGACGGGCCUCCGGAGGACCAGGCGUGAUCCAACAGGAGGGGAGAUUUUUAAAAAGAAUUAUUCUUCUCUGCUGUGGAGGGAAGGGAUUGUCGUCAUCCCCCCAUCCAUCCUUUUUUUUUUCUCUGUGGUGCCCCCUCCUUCCUCCUUCGCCUCCACUCUCAUUAUUUCCCCCUCAUUCUUCUAGAGGCGCUCGUUGGAAUAUCAAACCUCCAUGUAUGACAAUUUGUACCUGCAUGGAUUUGAAGACUCGGAGGCGGGCUCAGCUGAUUCAUAUACUAGCAGACCAUCAGACUCAGAUGUCUCUCUGGAGGAGGAGCGGGAGGUGCAGGCCCAGGUCCAGAGCCAGAGCCCAAGCCAGAGCCAAGGACCGGGACAGAGCCGCCAGGAGAAGGAGCAGCAGGCCUCCAUUCAACUGGAGAGAGCCAAGACCAAACCUGUGGCAUUUGCUGUAAGGACCAACGUCAGCUAUUGUGGCGCACUGGAUGAGGAUGUUCCAGUUCCAGCCACAGCCAUCUCCUUUGACGGCAAGGAUUUCCUCCACAUAAAAGAGAAGUUCAACAACGACUGGUGGAUCGGUCGGUUAGUGAAAGAGGGCUGUGAGAUCGGCUUCAUCCCCAGCCCUCUGAAGCUCGAGAACAUCCGGCUCCAGCAGGAGCAAAAGAGAGGACGAGUCCAAGGUAAGUCUGGAGGGAACUCUUCUUCAAGUGUAGAGGAUGAGGUUUCUGCCUCUAUCCGACCCCUCAUAUCCUCAGCAGGAAAGCAGAAACAGAAAGUGACGGAGCACAUCCCCCCGUAUGACGUGGUGCCCUCCAUGAGGCCUGUGGUGCUGGUGGGACCCUCGCUCAAGGGUUAUGAGGUUACAGACAUGAUGCAGAAAGCACUGUUCGACUUCCUCAAGCACAGAUUUGAUGGCAGGAUAUCCAUCACACGAGUCACGGCAGAUAUAUCAUUAGCCAAGAGGUCUGUCCUCAACAACCCCAGUAAGAGGGCCAUCAUUGAACGAUCCAACACUCGCUCCAGUUUAGCUGAGGUGCAAAGUGAGAUUGAGAGGAUCUUUGAGUUGGCUCGCUCCCUGCAGCUGGUGGUGCUGGACGCUGACACCAUCAACCAUCCAGCACAGCUCCUUAAGACCUCCCUGGCCCCCAUAAUUGUUCAUGUUAAAGUCUCCUCGCCAAAGGUUCUGCAGAGGCUAGUCAAGUCCAGAGGGAAGUCCCAGAGCAAACACCUGAAUGUCCAGCUUGUGGCAGCUGACAAAUUGGCCCAGUGUCCUCCAGAAAUGUUUGACAUCAUCCUGGACGAGAACCAGCUGGAGGACGCCUGUGAGCAUCUCGCUGAAUACCUCGAGGCCUACUGGAAAGCAACCCAUACCUCGAUGGCAACGCCCCUGAACCCCCUGCUGGGACGCAACCUGGGCCCCACCACCCUCACCCCCUACCCCACCAGCAUCUCUGGACUGCAGCAGAGCCAAAGAAUGCGACAGAGCAACCACACGGGAGACCACUCUACCCCGAACGAACGACGCAACCUGAUGACGUCAGACGAAAAUUACCACAACGAGCGGGCGCACAAGGGACGCAACCGCAUGUCGUCUGGCUCACAGCAUAGCCGAGAACAGCAGGACCCCUACCAGGACUACCAGGACCCCUAUCAGGAUGCAUACAAGCCACAUCGCAAUCGCAGUUCUCCGGGCAGCUACAGCCAUGACUCCCGGCACCGGCUCUGAGUCAUGGCUUCUAUCAUCACCAGGGUCCAAAUGGCCCAGAUUCCAAAAUAAACGCUGCAACAGAACCAAGACGGUCCCAAAUUGUACGGUUUUGUGUUAAUUUGUUUUGUCUACCUGGCUAUUUUUCUCUUUAAAAGUCCAACAGAAUCAGGUGUUUGUUUUUAAUCAAGCUGCCAGGGCAACCCCCGUCAAUCAACAGCGCGAGUAGUCAAGAGUUUCAGGAUGCCAACAUUUACUAAUGCUGUAAAAUUAAUUCCUUUCAUUUAUGUUACUGGGACCUUUUGGGAUUGUACACAAAGCUCAGCAGACAUGCAGCGCAGAUUGUGCUUGUUGCCUGUGUCAGCAAGCUAAUUAUGGAUAGUGGUCAGAUGGUGAUGGUGUUUGGGCUCCGACGUGCCUGGGACAUGGCACCGGGUCGGAGGGAAGUCCACUGCACACAGACUGCUGAAGGAUGCUGACCCAUACCCUGGGCCGUGUAUAAAUCCUCUCACCAUUUAGCUUAUUGCAUGCUGAUAGAUGAUCAACCUCCGCUUCCACUUCAUUGAUAUUUUGUACCUAGCAUUCUGGAUUCUCUUAUAAUGAGGUGUAGAUACGGAGGUCCAAUUUUCUAAAUCACCUGAUUGUGUGGACAGGUGUGAGGUGGUGGGUUUGUGUGGGGGUGUGCAGAUGAUAUAUGGCUGCUAGUUUUGAAAACUGGUGCUUCACAUUCCCAAACUAUUUUGCUAUUUGAAAGUCACUUUGAGCAAGGCCAGCUUUUCUGUAGCAUAGCUUUAGGAUUUCAUUUGGGUGAAGACCCUCACCGUCACAAGCGGAGCAGAUUCUGAUGGUGCUGGGAUCAGAUCUCAGUUACACUGUAAGAGAAGACAAAUCUGCUUCUGUGGUUAACAGCUAGCACUUAGAGAGCUGGAGAAGGCAAUAGCUGUGACAGUCUGUCGAUAGUAAAGUAAAACUAAAUAGCAAAAUACUACUUGAGAUGCCGUUUGAUGUUGUUGAGAUGUGGACCAGCAUAAAAAACUAUUCUGUUUGGGAAGUUCUCUGAUAUUUUUGGCCGUGCCAGCGUGAAGAAUAGGACUUGGAACAGUUUUUUUUGUUUUUGCUUGAUAGACCUAAAAGAGUAUCUGCUGCCGAAACUACAGGUUGAUUUGCAUUUAUUAGCAUUGAAAUCAAAGUCGUACAGCGUUAAAACAAAGGUUCAAAUGGUGGUUAAGUCGCGCGAUUGGUUAACAGCCAUCGAGGUUCCUUCCUGUGGUUUUUAGGGGAUUAAAGCAUUAAUAAUGUGACAUGGCAGGAUCGGUUGCAUCGUGCUCAUUCUCUGUGUAGCUGGCAUGUUGUCCUGACUGCAGAGCAUGUUCCCUCCAAACGUAAAAUAGAACCUUACUGUAAGCAAGUUGAUGUUUGUAGAAGUAUAGGGCACAUUUCUCCCAAAAAAAGAAAGAAAAUAAAGUAAAAAAGAUAAGGAAAAGAUGGCCCAAGUUACAGAUAAAUGAUAAUCUCUGGAUCCCUGUAACUCUAUAAACUGAAACAGUUCAACAGAAAACUUUAAGUACUGGUUUAUGUCAUUCUGAGAGUUUUAAAGUGGAUUGCAUGACUCAAAAGUGGAGGCGCCAUAAUGACAAAAGUUUCUAUUGAUUCAGAAUUAUGUUAGCAGGUAGAAGGUGACCUGAACUGUCUAACAGCCCUCACAACAAGGUUAAUUAAAGAUAACAUGGACAGGAGUUUACCGUACCCACAUGGUACUUUGUAUGGAAGCAGAGAACUGCUGUGGUUGCUGAGAAUGUUUUAAGGUUUGUUUUCAUUAUCACAAUAUACUGUACAUAUCUUAUUCCUUUUAAGAUAUCAAAUUGUGAUUACGACUUAAUUAUCUCAUCUACAGAUGAGAUAAUUACAAACAGUUCUAGCUAGCCAAUUGUAAGCCUGAAAACAGGAUAAAUAGAACAUUAAAAAAAAAAAAAGCGAGUAAGCAACAUUUGU